ACAAAUAAAAAACACAGUGCGCCAGAGAGUUGUAGGAUGGAGGUGAGCAUGGACUUAAUUCAUGCUGCAGAAAUUUCUAUAAUUAGAUAUCUACAGGAGAACUUAAUGAGUUUCCAAGACUGGUUUGUAUUUGUCUCACAUGCAGCUGAUCUUAGAAAUACCUUCCACAUCUUCUUUCCUAUAUGGUUCCACUUGUGUGAGUCUGUGGGUAUCAAACUGAUAUGGGUGGCUGUGGUUGGUGACUGGCUCAACCUUAUCCUCAAAUGGAUUCUUUUUGGACAAAGGCCUUACUGGUGGGUACAUGAAACAUCCUAUUAUGUCAAUACCUCAUCUCCAGACAUUAUGCAGUUCCCAGUAACCUGUGAAACUGGACCAGGAAGCCCCUCAGGGCAUGCUAUGGGCUCCUCAUCAGUGUACUAUGUGAUGACAUGUGCUGCGCUCUCUCUACUGAUAAGUCACACCUCCUUUAAGAGACGGUGUCAACGUUGGUGCUUGUGGUCUUUCUUCUGGACAGUGCAGGUCAACGUUUGUCUAUCCAGAGUCUUUGUGGCUGCACAUUUCCCCCAUCAGGUCAUUGCAGGUGUCAUUUCAGGAAUUGUGGUGGCCAAAGUGUUUAAUCAACUACAAUUUAUAUACAGUGUCAACCUGAAAAAAUACAUCUAUAUCACUGUGUUCCUCUUCUCGUUUGCUUUGGGCUUCUAUUUGAUACUCAAAGCGUAUGACGUGGACCUUUUGUGGACCCUUGAAAAAGCAUCACAUUGGUGUUCCAAGCCAGAAUGGAUUCAUAUUGACUCCACACCAUUUGCAGGCCUUAUCAGGAAUUUAGGUAUUUUCCUUGGCUUAGGACUAGCCUUAGACUCAGAGAUGUAUAAAUAUACUUGCAAGGAGAAACAACGAACAGAAUUUAUGUUUCGCUUCAGCUGUAUCAUAACCUCUUUAGUUGUUAUUCACCUCUUUGACUCCUUUGAACUUCCAUCUGAUGUGGAGACGGUCUUCUAUGUUCUCUCGUUCUGCAAAAGCAUAGCUGUUCCUAUAACUGCUGUAGGAAUCAUUCCUUACUGUAUAUUACAUGUAUUAAGAAGACAAGAUAAGAAGGUCUUGUGAAGAAAAGUUUAUAGGCCUACUGGACAAGACAUUUAAAAAAAUAUAUCCUGUUCUUCCACAAUAUGCUCAAACAGCAGGGGAUUCCAUUAUAUGUGUAAGCGGUUUAGUAUCUUUUUGAAGUUUUUGUCAGAUUUUGUGAUUCUGUGUAUCAAGCAUUUAAAGUAUGGAAUGCAUGGUGUGGUCUGCAUCCUCCUAGCUCUUCAUGUCUAUUUCUCACAGUUUGUCAAGUAUCUUUAACAAAAAGCAUACAGAACUCCUGCCUCCUAACAUUAAAUGUUAGAGACAUUACCCUCAAAAUAUGUUUAUCCUUAAUCAUUGCAUGAGACUACAAAUGUCUUUUUUCCAUGUUGUCCAUGAUCUGUGUGUGGUAUUGCAGAUAAGCACUUAGAUGGGGUUGAGCUGUAAUACCACAGACAGUACAUAGACAAGAAGGGGGUUGUUUCUGUAAAAAAAGUAGUUUGUUUAGUCUCAUAAAAGCCCUUUAAUUAGAUCUAAUCAGGAGUGGACUAUAGUGAUCAGGACUCCUGGGCAUUAAAUGACAUGGGCCCCUCAUUAACCACUAUAGAUUUGAAAUAUGGGGGGGAGGGGUUAAUAGUUAUACUUUUAGUUGAGGUGCAACUAACUGAAGGUGGCCAUAUACAUUUGAUUAAAGUAGUUUUCUGAGAUUCUGAUAUUGAUGACUUAUCCUUGGAAUAAGUCAUCAAUAUCAGAUUGGAGGGGUCCAACUCCCAGCACCCCCACCAUUCAGCUGCUUGAAGAGGCCAGUGACGUCACA